AAUAAUAUUGCUAGAUUAUCAUGGCAACGUUUGUUGGUGCAGUAAAGCGCUAUCUUUCUGGAGAAGCAGAGCAAAGGAGAUCUAUCAGGUCUAUUCUUCUGGGACCUCCUGGUGCUGGCAAAGGGACCCAGGCUAUCAACUUGAAGGAAAACUUUGGAAUCUGUCAUCUUAGUACUGGUGAUAUGUUACGUGCCAUCGCCAAAGAAGAUUCACCUCUUGGAAAAAAGGUCGCCAAUACUCUAAGUUCUGGUGAGCUCGUUACUGACAGUCUUGUUAUUGAGAUCAUUGAAGCUAACCUACAGAGCGAGGCUUGCAAAUUGGGUUUCAUGCUCGACGGAUUUCCAAGAAACUUGGUUCAGGCAGAGAAAUUAGACGAAUAUUUGGUUGGACAAGAUGAGCCCCUCAACAAUGUUGUCGAAUUUAAGGUUAAAGAUGAUAUUCUGGUAGAACGUAUAUCAGGAAGGAUGAUCCACCAAUCGAGCGGCAGAACUUAUCACGAAGUUUUCGCCCCACCAAAGGUUGAAAUGACCGAUGAUGUCACUGGGGAGCCUCUGAUGAAAAGGCCGGAUGAUAACCCAACAGUUUUAUCGCGAAGACUAGAUAUUUAUCACGAGCAAACCGCCCCCUUGAUAUCGUUCUACGAAAAGAAGGGUAUCCUGCGAUCAGUUGACGCAAUGCAGUCGCCCGAGAAAGUAUUCGAAGAUAUUUCUGUUCACUUUAAGCAAUAACUCUGGAAGAGUCUGCCUAUUGAUCAUCCGUUUUAGAUAUUUAUUGUUACUAACAGAACAGAUUAAUGUUUACCAUUAUUAUAACCUUUUUUGGUUUAAAUUAAUUAAAAAUGUUUUUAUAAUUUCGGGUUGCAUCAGUUUUGACUAAGCUUUUGGUACUUAACAAUUUUAAACUGGGGUCUUCUUAUUUAUUCACCGACUUGAAUACAUUUAAGCUUUUGUCACCAGGAAAGAGAAAACUAGUAGAACCUAGUAUAUUGCAUGAUUAUUCUUUUAUGUUCAUGUAAACGUUGCCAUGAUUUCUCAAAAGCUCUUAAGUAA